CUUAGCUAACACCAAAAAUUGGCUGGCGUGGCAAAGUAGAUUUUUCGAUUUAUUCUUGUUUACAAAGUUGAUUCUGUGUAUUUUGCCCUGAAACAUGAGCAAUCUAAAAGAUAAAAUUGUCAUUAUCACUGGGGCUAGUUCUGGCCUUGGUCAAGGAGCUGCUCUGGAAUUUGCCCGCCUUGGAGCCAAACUUUCCAUUUCUGGACGAAAUGUGGAAAAUCUGCAAGCUACAGUCAGCCAGUGUGAGAAAGCUGGUCUUCCUGCUGAAAAUAUUUUGAGUCUCCAAGCAGACCUCACAAAGGAUGAUGAUGUGAAAAAAGUUGUUGAUGAAACAAUUAAAAAGUUUGGACAAUUGGAUGUAUUGGUUAACAAUGCAGGCAUUGUCAAACCAGGUGGCAUUGAAACCCAGUCAAUGGAAGACUAUGACUACACCAUGAACAUUAAUGUAAGAUGCCAUUUCUACAUGACCAAACUAGCUGUACCUCACCUCAUCAAAACAAAAGGGUCGAUUGUAAAUCUUUCCAGCGUUACAGGAUUGCGUGCAUUUCCUGGUGUUAUUUCAUACUGCAUGUCCAAGGCUGCUAUUGACCAGUUUACCCGAUGCUGUGCCUUAGAGCUUGCACAGAAGGGAGUUAGAGUGAAUUCUGUCAAUCCUGGCGUAAUUGUAACUGACCUUCACAAACGUGGGGGAAUGGAUGGGGAAGCUUAUAGCAAGUUUCUUGAGCACUGCAAGACGACUCAUGCCAUGGGACGUGUCGGUCAGCCAGAAGAGGUUGCCAAAGCUAUUGUAUUCCUCGCGUCCUCGGAUUCGUCAUUCAUCACUGGUGCCAGUAUUCCUAUUGAUGGAGGACGUCAUGCCAUGUGUCCACGCUAGGGUGGAUAUUUGCACCAAAUUUCUCUAUCGUAUUUUACUAGUCAUUUAUGAUUUAAAGGACAAUUUCCAGGAAUUGACUAUGACUUUUGCUACAUGUAUCUACGUCUUGUGUAGGGAUCUUCCAGUUGCAGUAGAACUCAUUAUUUCGUUGAUUAAGGAAGACUAAAAUGGUGGAGCUGAGUGCAAGUUCCAUUUUCAUCCAAAUUAAGUAAACUGUAUGUUUCUCUGGCUCAAUUGGAAAAGCAUUUUUUGUCCAUUAUAUGUGUAUUUGACUAGAUGCUGAUGCUGGUUGAUUUUAAAAGCUGAUUUUACUCAAUUGCUGUGUGCUCACAAGGUAUCUGUGAUGAUUAUUUUUUAAUAAACAUGAUUAUGCAGAUUUUGUAGUCCUGUUAUUUGUUUUUUCAAAAGAAGUUAAAGAGUAUCGUCUAGUAAAAGGUGGUCUCAAUUUCUGUUUUCUUUAUGAAAGGCUCCAUCCCUAUUCCAGAAUAGGUGAAUCCCAAACCAAUCCACUACUGUCGGGAAUCCCACGAAAAAAGAGGCAGAUAUCCCGAGUCCCAACUGUGAUUUUUAGUCCAGAAACCUUUGCAA